CGCAGGGCAGCACCGGGACUCCAGGCAGCCCACCAGCUCUGCAGACACCGGCUCUAACACAGAUGAUUCCUUGGCUCUCCAAAGGCUGACAUUUGAGCGAUAGGCUAUUUCAGUAGGGGAGAAGUCUUGUUUCUAUCGCCGACAUGAAUGAGAUCAAGGUUGCUGUGCUGGGCAGUGAAGGGGUCGGGAAAUCAGCUCUCAUCGUCCGUUUCCUCACCAGACGAUUCAUUGGCGAGUACGCCUCAUCUUCAGAGUGCAUAUACAGAAAGCGUCUGUCAGUGGAAGGAAAGCAGAUCAAUCUCGAGCUCUAUGAGCCCUGCUCUCAGGCAUAUGAGGGUAAGUCUACUGUAAACGAGCAGAUCCAGUGGGCUGAUGGUUUCAUCGUAGUCUACGAUAUCAGCGACCGCUCCUCCUUCCUCACCGCCAAAGCCAUAGUACACCUCAUCAGAGAGCUACACUUGGGAACUGCCAAAAGGAACGUGGACUCGCAAAUAUUUCUGGUGGGCAACAAGCAGGACCUGUGCCACAUGAGAGAGGUGCGGCGUGAGGAGGCUCAGUGUCUGGCUGCGGAGUGUCGCUGCCAGUUCUAUGAGCUGUCAGCCGCUGAGCACCACCAGGAAGUGGCGCUCAUAUUCUUAAAGAUGGUGCAAAAUGCUAACCUGAGCGGCAAGGCCAAGGAGCGCAGGAGACGCCCCAGCGGCUCGAUGGCCAAACUCAUCAACAACGUCUUCGGGAAGAGGAGGAAAUCAGUGUGAGGGGUCAAAUACAUGGACAGCUGUCCGUCAAGGCUGGACCAACGGCAUCUGGCUUGGCUUCCUGUUUCUGAUUGUGUGAGCUGUUAAUUAAACUGACGUCUAUUCGUGUAACGGGGUGUUAUUGUGAGUAGAACACAUCGCGCUCAGUGAGUCGGCUUGCAGCUGACUUCAACUGAUCCAUGGAUUUGCUCUUAAAGGGGCCCUAUCAUGCUUUUGGGGUUUUCCCCGUUCCUGUGGUCUGUAGUAUAGGUUUCUGAGCAUGUAAAUGGUCUGCAAAGGCUUAAAUCAUUUGUUCCCACAAGAUCCCUCCCCCUGGCUAAAAGGCUCCAUUGGACUCUUUUGAUUCGUGAUAGGCCCAAGGUGCAGGACAUCUCUAAGCGGUUGAUCAAUCACAACAGAGCCGGAAAGUUAACCUAUCAAAGCAGACUGGAAACAGCUUUAGGAAAUGUUUGAAAUGUUGUUAUAUUUAAUCAAGACAAACAAAUUGAUUAAAAACUGUACCGCACCACUUCACAGCCAGCACUCCACAAUAUGAUGUUCCAUUACAAUAGAACUGCAGGUUAAUAAUGUCAUCAGGGAAGCGUACUUUGUCCAUUAGAGCCUUUCUGUUCUGACAGACCCUUUAGGUCAACCUACCUGUGACCAAACGCAGCCGUAAAUUCAUGUAUUCGGGGUUUACUUAAUCUGGUUAUCUUUGCUGAGAAAAACACUGAUUUGAGGUUGCGCUGGGUUUCAUUCAGAAGAUAACUUGGUAAACCUGCUACCUGGAACAGGCCUCAGGUCAUGAAGGGCCCUCAAUGAAAAUGUGUUGAAGUGCGAGAGAAGGCAAACCAUUUCGGCAGCCGCCUCCAGAGUUACAGCGCUAUCAUUCAUCGGAGGAGAGUGAAUACAAGAACUACAGAUGAACUGAUGUGUAUAUGGCACUUCAUUCAUUCAACCACUUCUAUUUUGUUUUUGUAAAAGAAGAAUUAAUGCUAUUUUCUUUCCUAAGCAGGAUGAUUCUACACCGCCAAUUGUUGAGGCUGAUUUCACCCACAUAAUAAAA